AUGUACAAUGGCUUGCCGCGCGCCUGCAGAGCUCCCCACCACAUCCUACAAUUGAGUCGCACCGUCGCCAUCGCCCGCGACGCGCAGACGCCCUCGAUCGUCCUUCGCCGCUUCCUCAAGACCUACCAGAAACCUGUGCAGCCCAAGAAACCUGCGAAAUCUCAGAACCCCGCGAAAUCUCAGAAACCCGCGAAACCCAAGACGUCCGCAAAUACCCAGAAGCCCGCGACGACUCAAAAGCCCGCGAAACCUCAGAAGCCCGCGACGACUCAAAAGCCCGCGACAACUCAGAAGCCCGCAAAAACCGAUAAGCCUCCCAAUCAUGCGGCCAAGCCAGUCAUCCCCUCCCCUCCUCCCCACAACCCACUGAAGAAACCGUCAUCGUCGUCAUCGUCAUCAUCGUCAUCGUCGCGGCAGCCGCACACGCCCUCGCGCACGCGCACGCGCCCGCGCACGCGCACGCGCAAGUGGGCGCGGCGGCUGGCCUGGACGGGCGCGGUCCUGGGCGGGGCGUACGUGGCGGACACGCGGUGGAACAACGCGGCGGGGACGCGGUCGGCGCGGACGUUUUGGACGGGGCUGGUGGUCGGGCUGGACUACAAGAUCAACUUCCGGGCGGACCCGCCGUUCGCGGCGUCGCUGGGCGAGGUGCACCGGCGCAACGCGGAGCGCGUGUUCGCGCUGCUGCGCGACAACGGCGGGCUGUACCUCAAGAUCGGGCAGGCCAUCGCGAUGCAGAGCGCCAUCCUGCCGCCCGAGUUCCAGAAGAUGUUUGCGCGCAUGUUCGACGACGCGCCGCAGAAUGGGUGGGCGGAUGUGGAGGAGGUGAUCAGGGAGGAUUUUGGGGGGAGGGGCCCCGAAGAGGUGUUUGGGGUGAGCUUUGAGGGCGUGGAGGGGAGGGGCGUGAUGGAGAGGACGGCGAGGGCGAGCGCGAGCGUGGCGCAGGUGCAUUGGGCGAGGCUGCCGGAUGGGAGGGAGGUGGCGAUUAAGAUCCAGAAGAGGGAGAUUGCGGCGCAGGUGGGGUGGGACCUCUGGGCUUUCAAGGUCAUGGCGAAGGUGUAUACCUGGUGGUUCGACUUGCCGCUGUAUUCUCUGGUGCCGUACAUUUCGGAGCGGCUGAUGCUGGAGACGGAUUUCGAGAACGAGGCGGACAAUUCGGAGAAGAUGAAGGUGCUGGUCGAGGGCGAGCCGCGGCUGCGUGGGCGCGUGUAUAUCCCCAAGGUAUACCGGGAGCUCAGCAGUAAGCGGGUCAUGACCGCUGAGUGGAUAGAGGGGACGAGGCUUUGGGACAAGGAAGGCGUCACCAAUCAUUGGAGAGGGAGUGCGCGGGAGGGCAGCCCCGGAUGCAAUGGCGUACCGCUUGAGCCCCCUUCGAAAGAAGCUGUCUCGUCGAUAUCGCACAAUGACCCCAACCAGGAGCAGCUCAAGCCUCACAGAGAAGGCUGGCGCGGACUGGACGGAAAGGGCGGUCUCGGCCUGUCCCUCAGUGAUGUCAUGACCACCAUGGUUGAUCUCUUCAGCGCGCAGAUGUUCCUCUGGGGACUCGUUCACUGUGAUCCUCAUCCCGGAAACGUCUUUGUGCGGCGCCUGCCCAACGGAAAGCCCGAGAUCGUACUCAUCGACCACGGGCUGUACAUCCAGAUGAAUCCUACCUUCCGGCACCAGUACGCGCUCUUCUGGAAGUCUCUGAUGACGUUCGACAACGCCACCAUUGCCGAGAUCGUCAAGGGCUGGGGAAUCGGUUCGCCAGACCUCUUCGCCAGCGCGACCUUGAUGCGACCGUACACUGGUGGCGACAACUCGACGUCGGCGGAGCUCCGGAAGGGGGUGAAGGGAAAGACGGAAGGCGAGCGGGCGUACGAAAUGCAGAUGAAGAUGCGGGCGGGCAUCAAGCAGAUCCUGGGCGAUGAGGAGAAGUGGCCGCGCGAGCUCAUCUUCAUCGGGCGCAACCUGCGCAUCGUCCAGGGCAACAACCAGUUCCUGGGCAGCCCCGUGAACCGCGUCAAGAUCACCGGGCUGUGGGCCAGUCGUGCGCUGGCAGAGAGCAGGGAUCUGCCCACGGGCGAGCGGCUGAGGAACUGGGUCCAGCAUCUAAGGUUCCGGUUCGUGUUGCUGGGUAGCGACGCUCUCUGGUGGUAUGCAUGGGUCAAGCAGAAGCUUGGGCUGGGGGGAGGGAUGGAGGAGGAGAUCGAGGCGCAGAUGAAGGUCAUGGCAAAGGAUAUGGGCAUCGAGCUCAACCAUGGCGUGUUUGAGGGCUGA